UCAAUAACUGUAAAUGUUCUUUUCGCGUGUUAAAAAAUUAACGAAAAAUUUAUUUUUAUUUACUUACAGAAUUCAUGGACAAAUAUUUUAUUAAAUCAAUUAAAGUAGUUUUCUAUACUUAACGAAGAAGAAUUCGUGCGAAAAAUGCGUUUGACAUUGUUUACAAAAAUUAUAAUCGAAUGGAUACUUUGAUAUAAAAGUAAAACGGAUCAAAUUAAACUUAGUUGUUCUGUGAAUUUUUUAAAGUGAUUUCUAUUUAAUAAAACGUAAGUUUCUCAACCUAAAGUUAAUUUUUCUGCGAUGGUAUAAAUUUUUUCUUCUCCCGAAUAUAUAAAUUCGAACGAGAUUAUCGCCAACUAGAGAAUGUUUUCUUUGGUUAUGAAUUUAUGCCUUGCUGGAUUAACUUUGGCUGCAGUAACCGAAAAAGCCAAGUACACUACAAAAUACGAUAAUGUUAAUCUAGAAGAAAUCGUACACAACGAUAGACUUUUAAAAAAUUAUGUAGAUUGUCUUUUGGAAAAAGGAAAAUGUACUCCGGAUGGAUUGGAAUUGAAGAGAAAUAUGCCUGACGCCAUUGCAACCGAUUGCAGUAAAUGCAGCGAAAAGCAGAAAGAAGGGUCUGAAUAUAUGAUGAGAUUUUUAAUUGACAAUAAACCUGAAUAUUGGAAUCCUUUGCAGGAGAAGUACGACCCUUCAGGAACUUAUAAACAGAGAUAUCUCGAGACUAAGAAACAGGAAGUUAAAGUUGAACCUAUUACCAAAACCUAAAAUAACAGACCAGUGACACGGAAUCUUCGGAAUAAAUGCUUCAAAUCAAAAUUUAUGCUUCAACAAGUAGUACUUAUAUGUAGAUUAUAACGCGUUUUUAUAUAGUUUAGUCAAUUCCUUUAUUCCUAUAUUUUGUAAAGUUAAUUUAUUGGAAAUAUAUUGAAGAACAGUUCGAA